GAUCCUGUUUCAGCUAAAUAUUCAUAUAUGGAGGUUACCAAUGAAAAUCUCCCACAAUUUGAAGGAUCCAGUGUAAUGCCAGCAGCUGGAACAAUGUACCUAACUACUUCAACUGGAUAUCCUUAUACUUUCCAUAAUGGAGUGGCUUAUUUUCAUACUCCUGAAGCUGCUUCUGUUCCACAAGCGUGGCCUUCACGCUCUGUUUCCAGUUCGCCAGUCAUGGUAGCUCAACCGGUUUAUCAGCCUCCUACAUAUCAUUAUCAGGCACCAACACAGUGUCUUCCAAGUCAGUGGCAGUGGAAUGUUCCUCAGUCUCCUGCCUCUUCUUCUUCAUUCUUUUAUCUGCACCCGUCUGAAGUCAUUUAUCAGCCAAUAGAGAUUACCCAGGAAGGUGGAUGUAUCCCUGCUCCUCUCUCUCUGGUGGAAGCUGCGGUUCCUGAGCCAUAUUCUGAUCAUGGAGUUCAAGCAACUUAUCACCAGCUUUACGCCCAGAGCGCCAUAGCCAUGCCAGCACCUGUGAUUCAAACUGAGCCCGUUAAAACGUUGUGGAGCGUUCACUAUUAAGCCAUUUGGGCAGCUCUAGCCUACCCGUACUGAUUUUCUUGUCCAGUCCUUCCCCUGUGGCCGAGAUCCAUCAUCAACACACCAGUUAGCAGCUGCCUGUUGUGAA